GUGUUAAUCGCCUAAUGAGGGGUAUGAUGGUCAAUUCGCUAUCCAAUCUGUGAUCGCCCGGUGAAACCCUAGAGCCAUUAUAAACUUCGCAAAACCCUUCGAAGCUCUUCCAGUCUCUUGCAGCGCGAGGUAGUCGAAGUGGUCCACAAUGUCGAAGCGAGGUCGCGGAGGAUCGGCCGGAAACAAGUUCCGGAUGUCUCUGGGUCUUCCAGUGGCGGCGACUGUGAACUGUGCCGACAACACGGGGGCGAAGAAUCUCUACAUCAUAUCGGUGAAGGGAAUCAAGGGUCGUCUCAACCGUUUGCCCUCUGCUUGUGUUGGUGACAUGGUGAUGGCCACCGUCAAGAAAGGGAAGCCCGAUCUCAGGAAGAAGGUCAUGCCUGCUGUCAUCGUCAGGCAGCGCAAGCCGUGGCGCCGAAAGGAUGGUGUCUUCAUGUACUUUGAAGAUAAUGCUGGAGUUAUAGUGAACCCCAAGGGAGAAAUGAAAGGUUCAGCUAUAACUGGCCCAAUUGGAAAGGAGUGUGCAGAUCUAUGGCCUAGGAUUGCUAGUGCUGCUAAUGCGAUCGUUUAAGAGUCUAGAUCCCCAGCUUAAAUCUGCCAAAAAGAUCUAAAUGACAGUAUCAAAUUUUGUUUCGUUCAAUCAGAACCCUAACUGCAGCGUUCUGAUUUGCUUGUAUACUUUUGAUUUGGUUAUUUCUAGAUUUUUAUUUGGUUGUCUUGA